AGCCUCAGUGAGGCUGAUGCCGUGCAGCAAGCAGUAGGUAAUGAGUCUUUGUGCAAGUGAAGCUCUUGUCGCUGAACAAUAAAGCAUAUGGUACCAGCAAUAAAACACGGGGCUGGGAAAUUUCAGAAGAUUCCACUGAACCAGGAAGAACUGUGUCUUCGGUGAUGCUGACACACAUUAUAAAAUGAUUAUCAACUUAUUUUGGAUUCUAAUGAAUAAAGAGUGCAAGGACUAAACUACAGCUGUUUGAACAGGUACAUGUGACAGCGCUGCAGCUAUGAGUGGAAUUUUAAAGAGGAAGUUUGAAGAAGUUGACGGCUCCUCGCCCUGCUCCUCUGUGCGGGAAUCAGAUGAUGAAGUGUCCAGCAGUGAAAGUGCUGACAGCGGGGACAGUGUCAAUCCGUCCACUUCUAAUCAUUUCACCCCUUCCUCCAUUCUCAAGAGGGAGAAGCGGCUGAGGACAAAGAAUGUGCAUUUCAGUUGUGUCACCGUGUACUACUUCACUAGGAGGCAAGGCUUCACGAGUGUGCCCAGCCAAGGGGGCAGCACGCUGGGCAUGUCCAGCCGCCACAACAGCGUGCGCCAGUACACCCUGGGCGAGUUCGCCAGGGAGCAGGAGAGGCUGCACCGGGAGAUGCUGAGAGAACACCUCAGGGAGGAGAAACUGAACUCCUUAAAACUAAAGAUGACUAAGAACGGCACCGUGGAAUCGGAAGAAGCCAGCACCCUGACGGUGGACGACAUUUCUGAUGACGACAUUGAUUUAGACAACACAGAGGUAGACGAGUACUUCUUCCUACAACCCUUGCCAACCAAAAAACGAAGAGCCCUGCUGCGCGCCUCGGGAGUGAAGAAGAUUGACGUGGAGGAAAAGCACGAGCUGCGCGCCAUCCGCCUCUCGCGAGAGGACUGCGGCUGCGACUGCCGCGUGUUCUGCGAUCCGGACACGUGCACCUGCAGCCUGGCGGGCAUUAAGUGUCAGGUGGAUCGUAUGUCUUUCCCGUGUGGCUGCACUAAAGAAGGCUGUAGUAACACAGCAGGUAGAAUCGAAUUUAAUCCUAUCCGUGUUCGGACUCACUUUUUGCACACAAUAAUGAAACUUGAACUGGAGAAAAACCGAGAGCAGCAAAUCCCCAUGCUGAACGGUUGCCAUGGUGAGAUAAGUGCUCACAGUAGUUCCAUGGGCCCUGUCGCUCACUCCGUAGAAUAUUCUAUCGCAGACAAUUUUGAGAUUGAGACUGAACCUCAGGCCGCAGUGCUGCACCUGCAGUCUGCUGAGGAGUUAGAUUGCCAAGGAGAGGAGGAAGAGGAGGAGGAGGAGGAGGAGGAUGGGAGCAGCUUUUGCAGUGGAGUCACCGAUUCUAGCACGCAAAGCUUGGCACCUAGUGAGUCAGACGAGGAGGAAGAGGAGGAGGAGGAGGAGGAAGAUGAUGAAGAGGAUGACAAAGGAGACAGCUUCGUGGAAGGUUUGGGCACCCAUGCCGACGUUGUCCCUCUUCCUUCUGUCCUGUGUUAUUCUGAUGGCUCCGCCAUUCACGAAAGCCACGCAAAAAAUGCUUCUUUUUAUGCCAACUCUUCAACUCUGUAUUACCAAAUAGAUAGCCACAUUCCAGGAACUCCUAACCAGAUCUCUGAGAACUAUUCUGACAGAGAUACUGUCAAAAACGGUACCCUUUCGCUGGUGCCUUACACCAUGACCCCAGAGCAAUUUGUGGACUAUGCCCGACAAGCAGAAGAGGCCUACGGUUCCUCCCACUACCCAGCUACCAACCCCUCUGUAAUCGUUUGCUGCUCCUCUUCUGAAAAUGACCCUGGUGUGCCCUGCAAUAGCUUAUAUCCUGAACACAGGUCCAAUCAUCCUCAAGUGGAAUUUCACUCAUACUUGAAAGGCCCCUCCCAGGAAGGGUUUGUCUCUACAUUGAAUGGUGACAGUCACAUUUCAGAACACCCUGCUGAAAAUGCUUUGAGCCUUGCAGAAAAGAGCAGAUUGCACGAAGAGUGCAUCAAAUCACCCGUGGUUGAGACAGUCCCUGUUUAGUAGCUUAAAUUAUUCUAGGACCAACUCUUCCCCUAUUUAAGGCACUGUAUUUAAUUGGAUUUCCUGGGCUCAUCGUUGUUUAAACUGAAGACUAAGAAAACUUGGACUGUGGUUCAUUUUCCAGACUGUAUUUUGUUUUCUCCUUUCUGGCCACAUGGCUGUGGCAUUGCACAAAUACAGUCUCUAUGGGGAUUUUAAAAGAUUUCAGACUGUUUUGAUAGAAAAUGCUAAAUUUUAAAAAUGCAUAUCUCACAGUUGCCUACCUGUCAAACUGUGUGAAACCUGCCAAGCUGUGUAGAUCAGAGCUCCAAGUUUUGGAUUAUCGGGCCUGUGCAAGAUGUUAACUAAGACUGGGAAGUGAUAAGAUUUAGAGUCCUAAUUUUCAAUAUAUCUGAAGAUGAUGGUGACUUUUUAAUGUAAAAGUAAUUAAUGUAAGAAACAGAUUUAAUUGUUCCAUGUGUAUUUUAUUUAUGGUAGUUUAGAAGUCAUGUUUUGAUGACAAUGAACAGCAGCAUGUUCAUUCAAACUGAUGACACAUAGCUAGUACCACAGAGCAUGCCCACAUGGAUUGCAUCUGGAAUCCACUCACAUUUUUAUGAUGAUGACUGAUCAGAUUUGCAAAUACUUUCUUAAGGGUGAAAUAGACCUUUUUUUUUUUUUUUUUUGCUAUUUUAGACAAACAAAUGAGUCUUUAUGUGCAGGUCCUUACACAGUUUACUCUUAACGUUAAGAGUCAGGACAAUCCUCUGGGGAGGGUCUAGUUCACUGCCCUCCCUCCAUUGACUCCACAGAUGGAGGUAGAAGGAAUUGCCUUUCUUUUCAAACAGUGUCAUCUUGGUUCUUAGCUUGGGCAGCACCUUUAAAGUCUACCCCCUAUAUCAAAAUGCACUUUAGUGCCCCUUCACGGUACCUCGUGUGGGGUGGGGACUGAGAACUCUUUGAGAUGAAAAA